AUGGCACCGUCAACCAAAGAAAAUAAAAAGGAAGAACUGAUAAUAGCCAUCCAAGAACAUCCAGUGCUUUAUGAUAAAAGCAGCUGCAACUACAACGAUGCAGAACUUGAGGCACUGUGUAACUUGGAGGCAAGUCUGUGCAGUCACUACGAUGUUCUUCUCAAGAAGAUAGGACAGCUGAAUGCAGACCAUCAUGUGGGCACUGAUACACAACAGCCAAAGCUGUCUGCACCUGAAUCUGCUAUGGCACAAAGCAGCGAGGAUCUGCAGAAGAGAAGCCGACAGUCUGCGAUAGAGGAAACGAUCGUGCGUGCAGGAAGUAUCCGCUUCAGCGACGUUGCCGGUCUGACGGAUGCCAAACAAGCCCUGACUGAAGCCAUCGUCAUGCCGCUUCACUUCCCGCAGCUCUUCACUGGUGGGAGGAAACCAUGGAAACGCAUUCUUCUCUAUGGUCCACCUGGAACGGGGAAAUCUCGACUAGCACAAGCUGUCGCAUCGGAGAUCAACUCAACUUUCUACAGCGUGUCCAGUGCCGAUCUCGUGUCCAGCUGGGUUGGAGAAAGUGAAAAGUUGAUAAAAGAACUGUUCUUACAAGCCACGAAUGAGCCCGGUAGAUCAGUUGUGUUUAUUGACGAGAUUGACAGCAUCUGCAGGAAGAGAAAUAGUCGCGAAGAGGAACACACAAGACGAAUCAAGACCGAACUACUCAAACAGAUGGAAGGGGCAGACACCUCUGUGACAGCUGAUAAGAUAUUUUUGUUGUGUGCGACAAACUGUCCAUGGGAAUUGGACUUGGCAUUUCUGAGAAGAUUUCAAAAGAGGAUUUACAUCCCCUUGCCAGACAGAGAAUCGAGACUUCAACUGAUGAAGCUGCACUGCCGGGGAACGCAGGUGAAAUUCACUGAUGAUGACUGGAAUCAACUGGCUGAUCAAACUGAUGGAUAUUCAGGAAGUGACAUCGCGACCUUCACCCUUGGUGCUCUGCUGGAACCUGUGCGAGAUCUUCAGUCCACUAAACACUGGACUCAGUUACCAGAUGGCCAUUUCAUACCGUGCAGUCCUCAUAGUGAUGCCAUCAAUGCUAGCAUGGUGGACCUUCCUCCUGAUAAGAUUGUACCACGUGAUGUUUCACUGCUAGACUUCAUCAAGUCCCUUCAAACUCACCGUAAAACUGUGUGUGAAGAAGAGCUUCAGAAAUUUGAACAUUUCACCAAGAAUUUUGGAGAACAUGGAUAAGAAAAUGACUUUGACCUUGGAUUAGCUCAUAAAUCCUUGACACCAGUAGCAUGGUGAAUAUUGUCUAGCCCCCCCAAUAGCUAAAUAAUCUGACACCCCUCAUGCUUCGAGAUAAAAGCUGUAGCAAUAUAAUAGAGAAACUGUUUCAAAAUAUAAACUAGUACUGACCAAAGUACAUGUAACUUGUCUGCAGUGAAUAUCUUUCAUUCUGGUAAUUUAUUUUGGGAUAUUUAAUUAAUUUGAUAAAUGAUAUAUUUAUACUUUACCUGUAGUUGAUUUAUUAGGCAAAGGUGAACCUCUAAGUCAUGUGACAUUAUUAUUCUAAAAAUCUAAAGCAUAAAACAAAAUUACCAUUCUUUCAGUAGGUAACGUGAUGUGUUUUGAUCUGUAUUAGUCAUGUGACCAUUUAUGCCAUUUUUAUGUUAUUUAAAUCAGGGGUGAGACGUGGCCCAGUGGUAAAGCACUCGCUUGAUGCGCGUUCGGUUUGGGAUUGAUCCCUGUUGGUGAGCCCAUUGAGCUAUUUCUUGUUCCAGCCAGUG